CUACCUUUCAAUUUAUUUGCAAUGUAAAAUUUUUGCCAUAUUGGCACAUUGCCACACUCAACAAUGAAGACGUUCAUAUUAUUUGUAUUUUUUCAAAUCAUAAUAUGUUUGGCGCAUUAUGAUUCUACCGAGUGUCCGACUGGAGAUAAUGAAUGUAACGAUCCUAAUGCGGAAUUGAGAUACGAUAAUCCGAAUUGUACUGUAACAUGUAAUAAGAGAACCAUAAGUGAUAAUUCUGACUCUUGCUUUGGACUCAUCGAACUAACCUUGUCAUGUUACUGCAAAAACACAUUCGUCUUGGACGAAACAACCAACACUUGCGUCCAACCUGAGAAUUGUCCGUGCAACACUACCAACAACGAAGUUUCCCGGUACAGUAACAAUUGUGCCAACGGGUGUGCAACGUUCCAUACACCCAUCGACUGCUCAGGAGUGCUGCACGGAGGCUGUUGGUGCAUUCCGACUUAUUGCACGGAUGAAAAUGGUACUUGUAUUGAAAAAAUAGCAUAAUGCUCCAAAUGAUGAAUUGAAUAUACCCAUUGGCCAUUGCUGUAUAAACUAAUAAAAACUGUGCUAAUAAGGACCUAUGUGUACUAAUUCUGUAAUGAACCGGAAAAAUAGUCCCGAAAUUUACAACUUCUUUACUGUAAAAAAUUAAAUGUAAUCAAAUAAUCAAAAACUGAAUUUCCGGUAUUCCAAAUCAGUAUCGAUAAAUUGAAAAUGAAGCAAAUUAGCGUUG